AUGGCUCACUGGAAUUCACCAAGCGGAAAGUGGCAGCUCACCUGCUUGACAUUAACCAACUCUGUCUCAAUGGCACACUUUGGUUACGACCAGGGGAUCUUUGCUGGCGCCCUCAUAUCGGCAGAUUUUAUCGAGACCUUUCCAGAAACCAAGGAUCCAGCUAUCUCGGGUAUUACGUCCAGUUGUUUCUCUCUCGGUGCUUUCUUCGGCUGUCUCGCAUCAUUCCUACUUGGUGAUAGGUUGGGGAGGAAGAAAUCCGUCUAUGUUGGGCUCGCGGUCAACGUUAUUGGAGUAGUUCUGCAGAUUGCAGCUUACCAUUUGCCGCAGAUGAUCGUUGGCCGCAUCAUCAAUGGGUUUGGCAUGGGGAUUACCUCUUCAACUUGCCCUGUAUACGUUGCGGAGGCCUCACCUACCAAUAUUAGGGGUAAGCUUGUGGUACUAGGUUCGUUGUGCAUUACGGCGGGAUUCUGCGCAGCAAACUGGAUGAGUUACGCUUUGUUUGAUAGCAAUGGAGCAUUCCAAUGGCGGUUCCCCUUAGCUUUCCAGCUCGUAUACCCAGCCAUUGUAGUAACGUUUCUACCGCUUACCGUUGAGUCACCGCGAUGGCUAUUACUACGGGGAAGAUUCGAGGAGGCUCGAGUAGCUCUCGCUCAACUCCGAGGAUUAUUACAUAACCUUGAUGAUAAGAAUUUGAAGGACGACCUUAGUUCUAUCCAGAAUGCCCUUGAGAAAGAACGCGAGGCUCGUGUGUCUAUGAUGGAUGCUGUACUCGGCCGAGAUCCACUACAGAAUGUUCGCCGUCUGGUGCUGAGCUGCGGGACGCAGCUAAUGCAACAGUUCAGCGGCGUUAAUGCCUUGGGCUACUACCUCCCCACGGUGUUAAUUGAGUCGGUAGGGGUUUCUAGUUCAUAUGCAAGGUUAUUGGCCGGAGCCAAUGCCAGCCUGUAUUUGGGUGCGGCUUUUCUAUGUCUGGUUCUAGUCGACCUGAUCGGAAGACGCAAAGAGGCUAAUCUUCACCCGGAAGAUAAGUCUGAUCUUGGCAAAGUAACGGUGGCUAUGUUCUUUCUGUAUUACUUCUGCUACGGUACCAGCUUUGCCAAGGUCCCUUGGGUUUAUAAUUCUGAAAUCAAUAGCCUCGGGUGGCGGACAAGGGGAGCUGCCGCCGCCACCGCGACGAAUUGGUUAAGCGGUUUCGCCAUAGUACAGUUCACAAAGGCCGGCGUGGAUAACCUUGGAUGGAGGUUCUACCUUCUCUUUGCGGUAUUCUGCUGGUCAUACCUACCUAUUGUAUUCCUUUUCUAUCCAGAAACCUCCCUUCGAACACUCGAAGAUAUGGACGAGAUAUUCGAGCACCAUAGAGGCCCAUUCGUGUUCAGAAACAAAACCCUUACCCAACGGAACCGCCCGCAAGAAUUUACAGAGGCCGAACAGAGGCGCAUUACCGAAACCUCCCCUCUUGCUGAGGCAUUCCGGAGUGUUUAA